AUGCCUCAUGCAGAGUCACCCGAGCCUCCAGCCGCAGGACGCGACAAGCUUGUUGUCAAUGAUGGGCCCCUGACCCCCGACCUGUUCUCUGACCUGAGACCAACCACGCUGGACACUCCGAUCGAAGAGGCACGCCGACGCUACGAAGAAGACGGCUAUGUCUUCGUCAAAGGCCUGCUGCCCAGAGAAGAUGUUUUGAAAGCGCGGGAGGGAUACUUCAAGUUGCUCUCGCCCAGCGGGGUCUUGAAGCCGGGCACGAAUCCAGUGGACGGCAUCUUCGACGCGUCGAAAGACAAGCUGGACUAUCCCGGCAUUGGUGCAGGCUUUGCCGCUGCCAACGGCCGUCCGAUAGGACCUCACCCUGAGGUGGCCAAUCUGUUCGUUGACCUGGCGCUUCAAGCCCACACCGAACCAUGGUACAAGGAAGACUUCUGCAAGCACCCGGCACUGCGCGACUAUGUGGCAAGGCUGACCGGCUGGGGGGACAACACUCUCGGCGUCAGGAGGACGAUUUUGCGCAACAACACUCCUGGCAACAAAGCCAUUGGCGUCCAUUACGACCAGAUCUUCUUGCGACACGGAGAAGAUACCGCGGUGACUGCAUGGGUGCCUAUGGGGGAUGUCUCGCGCCAAGGCGGUGGCUUGAUCUAUCUUGAAAAGGGUCAUACCUUGGGUGCAGAGAUCGAACAGGAGUUCACGGAGAAGGCAAAAGCCAGUGGAUUGACCGACGAGGAGGCGAAGAACGGAUUCAAUCGCAACAUGAUGGGCGGCGGCUUGCUCGCCGACGGCCCCGCGGAAUUUGGACGGCGGUACAAUCGUCGAUGGCUCUUGACCGAGUAUGAGGCCGGUGAUGUGGUCCUUCACAACCCUUAUUCGAUUCAUGCAUCGACCAUCAACCACGACCCGGAGGACAGAAUUCGACUGGGCACAGACCUGAGAUUUGUGGACCAGUCACGGCCCUGGGACACUCGAUGGGGCAACGAUUACACUUUUAAUGAUGGCGUUUAG